AUGCACAACAAUUCGAAUGGCACCGUGACGGCAACUAAACCGGAACAAGACCGUAAUGCAGUGGAAGGCGCGAAAAGCGGCGAACCGGCGAGUGAUGAGAUGGCCCACGAGGAAAGUGAACGCGACGCGCGAGAGAUCAGUGAAAAAGAAGAACAAGAAGCGACCGAAGCGGCAGAAGAUUCGACUGAAGUUCUUGAACCAAACACAGUGGAAACGUUGCUGGAACACGACGAUGACGGGGAGGAAAGUAUCAAACCAGCGGAAGAAUCAGCCGAUGCUCCCGAUGAUGACGAAGCAAUGAAAGAUGAACAGCCGGAAGAAGACCAACCUGCCGAGCACAAGGACGAUGAUGCAGAUGCAGUGCUACUCGAGGAGUUAAUUGAAGAAGAGGACGUUACGGAGGAGCUACAAGCUGAAGCGCCUAGUGCGGCACCGCGCAAGGAACGGACUAAGGUUGAGUUAGAUCUGUGCCGUGUUUGCAUGGGCUCGGAAAACCUGUCGGAUAUCUUCCAACUGGAAGGACCGGUGCGUAUCAGUGAUAUAAUCAUGAAGGUAUGCACCACCAUUCGCAUCACCGAGAGGGAUCAUUUGCCGCACAAAAUAUGCGAACGUUGCCUGGGCCAGGUGCGGAUCGUUAACGAGUUCAAGGCUCGGUGCGAAGCAUCUGACAAGGAACUGCGGAAAAACCUCAAACGGAGCGCCAACAAAACUCGGCCAACGGGUGUCAUAGUCGUCAACUGUCCCAUGUCCGAAUCGGACAACGAGGACGAGCCCAUCGAUGACGAUGAGUACAAAGUGUCCCAGUCGGAGGUGGAAUCAGAGCCGGUUACUUCCGAUGACAGUUUUUCGCCCCCAAACAAGCGUAAACGUACGCCGAAAAAGCGUGGCCGAAAACCGGCGCAGUACAAAACACCAGGCAGAAGAGGUCGACCGGGACGAAAACCGAAGAACAUGGUGAUUUCUCCGGUGGUAGUUACUACGCCCGUAAUAAAGCGUGGUCCUGGUAGGCCACCCAAAAAUCCCAAAACGUCCACACUGUCCAACGUGGUGUACAUCAAGGCCCCCGUCGAUUCAAGCUCUGAGUCGGAGGAGGAAGAAAUCGUGAAAGCGCGUCGAAGGCGCGGAGAACAUCCCUGCCCUAAGUGUGAUGAUGUGUUACCGAGUCAACUUGCACUGAAGCAGCACCUUAAGUCACAUCCCGGAGACGUGUUCAACUGUGAGCGAUGCACGCUGUGGUUCAAGAAGCAGCAAACGCUAAUGAACCACAUGGAGCGGCAUAAGAAAGCGGAUCGGAAACAGGAAGAGAAACGGAGGGAACGCGACCAGCGCCAGCAACAUAAGGAAUUGUACCGGAGGUCAGAGCCGGAUAGUCGACCCAUCAAUCCGCAAUUCACGUCCGUCAGCCCCGACAAGAAGAAGAAACCGGAUCCGGCACCGGCCAGCAGCGGGAGGGACUUAUUCAAGUGCGUAGCUCCUCUGACGUCCACCUAUUGGAGUGAUAGUUUUUCAGAUUAAUUUUCACUUGCCGACAUCACAACGACGAGUCCCAAAGCUCUGAUGUGCAAUUGCGGACUAGGACAUUUCUGCAGAUAAUUUCAAAUAAUAGAAUGUAAUUAGCGUGAGAAAAGGAGAUCAAAAUGUGUGUAGGUAAGGUAAUGAAGCCUAGUAACAAAGGCCAUCUAACAGUAGCAAUUUUAGUAGAUAAAAAGAACAAACCUGUUUUUAUACGUAUGAACAGAAACCCAUACUUUACGAUGUUACUUGCAUUAUUUUUUAAUCAAAUCAUUCGCUUUUCCGAUAUUUCAUCGUUUUUCAAUUGUAUUUAGGCACAGCUGCCCGUCUUUAGAAAACACUUUACACCACUCUACAAUAUCAGGUUUUUCAAAAUAGAAUUCUACAAAACGUCAUUCAUGAUAUUGUCAUUCUGGCUGCCAAUUAGAAUUUUCACAAGUACGGGUCCGUGCUUAUUUCGACGACCUUUCUCAAAGCAAAGUGAGCUUGUCGUCAAGUGGGCAAAUCGAAAAGCAUUACAAUCAAAAUUAACCAUUUUCAGCAAAUGUCACGCCUUGAGCGAUAAGAAACAAAAUAACAUCAAUCCUUAUAAUUAUUAAAGUUGCGUGUUGUAAUGUUAAUGGGUAAAUAAUAAGUGGUUCGUUGGUUUGCCAGAGUUUAGUCGUACAUUUUUUUUUUCUAGGAUAAUACAAAAAAGGACACACAUUGGCACAACAGCUGUUACAAGCAAUCACUAGGCCUUUGCUAAAUAAUUGUAACUUUCGUAAUUAUUUUGGUCGGAAGGGUCGGAUAAUUUAACACAACACAUCGAAGGUCAGAAAAGCUAACAGGUAGGAACGGCAGAUAAAGAUUGUUCCCAUCUCACCUGUUGAACCGUAGACCUCUACACGAUUUUCUUUAUUCAGGAUUGGUUGCUUGAACAUGCAUGAACCAUAAUGGUAAAAGUUUUUAGUUUUUCCAAACGUGCCUAACGUGGUUAAGCAUCAUUAUUGACAGGAGUCUAUCGGUUUUCUUUAUGAACGACUGAGGUACCGACAUUAAAAUUAGAGUAUCUAAUUUUAAGAGCCGAAAGUCAACGUCUGCUAACUAGUUUAAAAUCAAUAGUGAUCGUAAUGAGGAAGGAUACUUGGAUGCUGAUUGGCUUCGACAUUCCGAGAAAUGUUUUUCCAAUCGUCCAAUCCAACAAAAUCAAUAGUCGAAUUCAUUCAGCCGAAUUGUUUUCAAAUAGGUCAUUAACAUUAAGUUUACACGUCAAAUAAGGUUUUACUAAUCUUUUUUUCUAACAUAUGCAAACUAUACAUAAUUGAGCUUUAGCUGAAUUUUGCAAGCUUUGAGUUUUAGUUAAAAAUUAAAUCAUGUUUACAGUAUAAUUUUCAUUUCGUUGUUUUUUAGCUGUUUUUUUCGCAUACAAUAAAUCAGUUUGAUCGAAGCGCGGUCAAUAGCGUUGCAAACAAGCCACGGAGAUACAAACAUCCUUUGGCCAUCGCUACUCCGAAACCGUAAACUUGUGAAUCACGCGGAAAACAAAAUGCUUAAUCAACAAAAACAAAAAAAAAAGUUUUUUUUAUUUGUUUCAAAAAGCACACCCAUCGCUCCAGGUUUGCCAGGGCCAGAAAUUGUCGUGUCGGUGUAUAAUGUAAUAUAGUCAAAUGAAGAACAUGCGAAUAUAUGUGAGGAACACUUUUUUAUUAACCCAUUGAACAUUCUAGUUUGCUUGUAAUACAGUCAGAAUUAUUCUGAAUAUCAUUAAGUCAGUUUGGCCGGGAAAAGUCUAGUUCUAUGAGUUUCAAUUAUAAAUCGAAGCAUAUUGUAUGUAACCAUGAAUGUCCUAUAGUGGCUAAGUUUAUUCACUCAAACAAUGUUGUAAAUAACGUCGUUUGCUUCAUUUGAUCUGUACAA